GAAGAGAGAGAAGCUACAAUCGACUCUGGCCACUCUCCUAAAUUGAGACUCGUUUUCGCGCCAGAUACUACAGUGCUUGUGGAUUAACCAGGUUUUAAUUCAGAAAGAAACACCGUCAAAUGGCAAGGAUCCCGGCGACAAAUACCGAAAUUGCGAUGAAAAAGGAUCAGCCGAUUUAGCCGAGGACGUUAAUCAGGGGCAUACGAGAGGCCUGGUUGGUCAGCGCGCGUGUAGUACUAUGGUGUGGAGACGAGGAGCAAGCCAGUUCAGUACUGCUACGAUAGCGCUGUUCCUUUAAUACUGAACGCUACUGUCUCUCUCAAGUUAGUGUACAAUUAAAUGUUUUAACGAUUGUUUAGCCAGGAGUGGAUACAUUUCAAGGCGGGACACCCCAGUGUGUGUAUAACCCAUAAGCUGAGUGUUGUGUAAAAUCAAGGUUUAUUUUAACGCGCGAGAGGCUGUGGCUGCAGUGACGUCCACUUAUUAGAGCUAGACACAACACAUGAAACGUGGAAACCACAGGUUCUUUGAUAUGGAGAUAUAAUGACGGAUUCUUUUGCGUUGGCAGGUAACUUGCUAGGAAUAUACUCGCAGCACAACAAUCAAUCCCAUUGACUACUGUUCGCGCUGAAGUCGGCGAGAGGCUGGGUGUAUCAUGGGUUGCAAUACAUCCAGUGAUGCGAAGAAGGAACAAAACGAAAUUGACAAUUACCUCACGAAUGAAGAAGUGGAUCUUGUCCGGAAGAGCUGGAAAGCUAUAGAACAUGAUUUGGACGACACAGGGAUGAUUAUGUUUAAAAGAUUCUUCGAGCAGCAGCAAGAAAUGAAGAAACUGUUUAAGAGGCUGUUGUCAAAUACAGAAUCUGGCAACUUUAUUUUUGACGACGAUAGGCUUCGAGGGCAUGCCCGGAUCGUUAUGAACAGUUUAGGGGCUGCAGUUGACAGCCUGGAUGAUUCCUCCAGUUUGAGCAGCAUGUUGGUGUCACUGGGAGAGAAACACGCGGCCUACAACGUGAAAGGGGAAAUGAUUUCAUUUCUUUGGCCCGCUAUAAGAGACGCGAUGAAGGUUAAACUCGGCGACCAGUUCACGCAGGAGACGGAGUUAGCAUGGCGUCAUGUUUUUGAAUAUAUAAAAAGCAAUUUAUCUGAAGGCAUCAAGCAAGGGGAGCUAGAACUUAUGGAAACGGGGGAAAACAAUUCCGUGGUGUUUUAACAAUGCCUCCCAAACAGCCUGAUUUGAAUGUUCAAGCAACUACGACGUCCCACAGAGAUCAAUACAAGGCCAAGGAGUGACUGGUGUCAUUAUGUUUGCGCAUUAUGCAGACAUAGAAUGUUCAACAGAAGAUUUAAUUAACUGUCACAGAUAUUUUGCCAAUCCUUUAUCAAGUUAUGUGGCAUCAGACAUGGCGGGGGAAGAUCCGUGCCCAGGAGAGAGAUGAGUAACGAGACAUGCACCGAACGGAUGCCCUACAGAAAGUUUGAGCGCGAACAUGCGCCAAUCAAUCUCAUAAUACUCCUUUAUUACCGUGCUUCAAGCGAGAGAUGUGAUUCAAUUUUUAGUUCAUCUCAAAUACCUCUUGAAAUGCCAAUCACAAUGUAGCAAAUAUUUAGCAAGAAAAAAAUCCUUUCCUUCGACAAAAAUGCCAGCUUAGAUUGAAAGAAGCUAUCAUUGUUCAUGUAUUAAUGUUGGAUUUUGGAGACGGUUGUAGUCUUGUGGUUCGAGUCAGAUUUGCCAAGACUACAACCUAAUAAUAUGUAUCCGCAUUUACGUAUAACAGAUUGUGGUAUGAAGCAAUGUUGUAAAAGACAGAGGUAUCAGAAUGUGAAUAAUCUGUGAUUCUGUUGGAAUAGGUCAUAGUCUGUCACUGACCGCUGCGUGAACAUUAGGUGACACGUUACCGAACAUGGACCUACGAUGUCUCAUGUGUCCUUUUAUGAGAAUAUUGCAUAUAUUGUGCUUGACCUAGACAUUCUACGAAACGUUAUUGUGUUCAUUGUUCAUUGUUUCUUGACGUCAUAAUCUGUGGCACCGAGCGACGUCAUACUCAACACGCUGACGUCGAAACGUUUAUUUGUGAAGUCCAUAUCAUUCAAGCAAGAUAUAAUAUGUGUGUGAAUAACUUUGGAUGAUGAAAGUUUGAACGCGAUGUCAACAAAAUAAAUGUCUCAUUCCCUCAUGCCCUGUUCUUACCUUCCUGAAGUCUGUCCACAUAGGUCCAAUGUGCGAGGCGGCAUCUUCAAGGCAGUAGAUAAGGUAGAAGAUUGGGGGAUUCUUUCGGAUAACACAUUCAUCGAUUCUAUCAACCUGGAUUUGAACUGGAUACAUUGUGAGUGACAAUCUGGAAUUGAAAUCGAAAGCAGAAUAGUUCUCUGGAAACAAAAUUGAUAUUUAUGUUCACUGUCAAUAUUGUGUCGUUUCUCUGUGAACGAACCCUCUCGGAUGAUAUAUUAUAUAUAUAUAGUAAGUAAAUGGUAAGUCCA